AUGGCGCAGUGGAGACUCGGCGUCCGAUGUGUGGCGAUGGAUUCGCGCAGGAGGAUGACGUUGUCUGGCAUCGUGGUGGCUUCGAUGGCAGAGAGGUCUGGCAAGGCCGAUGCGUCAUUGUCUGAUCCGAGGAUGGAUCGAUGGAUGAAGGAGGUGACGGCCCUUGCAAAAGUAAAAAAAACAAAAAGCAAGUUGGGUACCAUCCCUCUUACUACAGUUGAGCAAAUAAAGGAACAUGAUGUAAGGUCUUUUGAAAUAACUGGUCACGAUAUGAGAGUGCUGGUGUUUGAUUUGAAAUCUAAACAAAAGCAAGAGCUGAGCACCGGUUUUGAAUUUCAAAAGAGUUUAGAGGAUAAAUGGUGGAGGGUAACUGAAGUCAAUUCCGAUUAUUCCUUCUGUUCAACCUAUCCAUCUCACCUGAUAGUCCCACGCACCAUAAGUGAUGAAGAGCUACAAGAAAUGUCUACCAGCCGAGCUCUUAGUCGCUUGCCUGUUAUUUCCUGGUGUGAUUUUGUAUCUGGAGCCGUCCUGGCAAGGUCUUCUGAGCACAUGGGAAUCAAGAAUCUUAAGAAGUAUGAGGAUGAAAAACUUGUAUCUGCCCUUCGCACUCCAGGAAUACACCGCACAGAGCCUAUAAGGAAACUAUACAUAGUUGAUGCUCGUCCAGGGGUCAGCGAUGUAGGAAAUGGUAGGGGAUCAGAGUCAGCUUGUUCCUAUCCAAAAUCUGAGGUUGUCUACCUAGGAAUUGAAGACAUAUAUGAAAUGAGAGUUAGUUUUUCAUCUCUCCGGAAGUAUGUUGAUACUUAUGGAUCAAUUUCAUCAAAUAGACUCCCUUUAGCUGGAUCUGUCAUUGGAGACCUGGUAAAUCAUGGAUCAGCCUGGGGCGGCGGAAUUAUAAAUAGCAUGACAAAUUUUUCUAUCCGGGAGGAAUGGCUAAAUCAUAUUCAAAUUAUCCUGAUUGGUGGUUCAUGGAUUGCUGAAAAAAUUGUCCAUGAAUCAGCUUCAGUUCUAGUGCAUUGCAGCGAUGGCUGGGACAGAACAACACAGUUAGUUGGACUUGCUUCCCUCCUGCUUGAUCCGUAUUAUCGAACAUUAACUGGAUUUCAGGCGCUUGUGGAAAAAGAUUGGCUAGCUUUUGGCCAUCAAUUUGCGGAGAGGAUGGGUCUUCCAACAAUAGCUAAAGGAGGCCGGCCUGCAAAUCCUUCGGUUAAAUCUCAGGCAUCAGAUAAUAAAACUUCACCAGUACUGUUGCAGUGGCUAGAAUGUAUUGCUCAGUUGUUGCGCAUGUACCCAUCUGCAUUUGAGUUCUCAACUGUAUUCCUGGUUGACUUUAUUGAUGCUGUGUUGUCGUGCCGUUUUGGAAACUUCCUUUGCAAUAGUGAGUGGGAAAGGAAGCAAGCUGAAGUCGAGAGCUCUUGUCCUUGCAUUUGGAAGUACUUGGCUGACCUCCGGGCUUCUGGCAGCAUCUUUCAUGAGCACAGAAAUCCCUUUUACAAACCAAGCAAGUAUAAUGGUCCCAUUGUCCCGCCAUCUCCGGCGCUUGCUCCCACCCUUUGGCCUGAAUUCUAUUUGAGAUGGGCUUGUCCACUUGAAUCGGAAGUUGGUGUUCGUGAAUGCAAAUAUAUUGAAGUGGUGAAGGAUGCUGAAUCUAGACUUGUUGAGAUCAAAAGGAUUUAG